UUGCCGCAGACCAUAGAUUGAUGGUCUUGUGUCAGUUUUUAUCCAUAUCGCCACAGUAAACAAGAAAUAAAUCUCCCAAAGCUGAUUUCAGAUCUGUUUGGACCAAGUGCUCUGUUGUGUGGUUUUCCAACCAGAUCGUCGGGAUAAACACGUCACUUCCGUCAACACCCGGAGAUAACCCGGAUUUCUUCGAUUGUGGUGAACCUCCAGUGCAGUUGACCAGUUUCUAACUGUUGUCUACGCAUUUGAAACAAAGACGAAGAAGCCACUGGGUUAAAGAAAAUUAGUAGAUGCAGGUUCCAAAGGGUGAGAACUGCCAGGUGGACAUGGAGAGCAAAGCUGGAGAUGUUUUUGGUGCUGAGGAUGCUCGUCUGACGGGCACGACUGGUGCAACUGGGAUCCUUGCUAAGCUAGGCCUCCCUAAAGGCUUUUCAGCCAACGUGGCCAAAGAGUGGCUGGACCGGCGGCGGGUGUCCAUCCGGCCAUGGGCCAGUUUUGCAGACCAGCGCAAAUUCUCCAAGCCGCGCAACUUCGGCGAGAUGUGUCAGCGCGUGGUGAAGAAUGUGGACACGUACAACAGCAACUACACUUUCAUCUUCCUUGGACUCAUCCUCUACUGCAUAAUCAGCUCUCCCAUGUUACUGAUAGCGUUGGCCGUGUUCGUUGGUGCCUUCUACAUCAUCCACCUUAAAUCGCUAGAGUCCAAGCUGGUGAUCCUUGGCAAGGAGCUGACUGUCCCGCACCAGAUGAGCCUGGCCGGAGGAAUCUCCUUACCAGUCUUCUGGUUGGCUGGAGCCGGAGCCGCUGUCUUUUGGGUUCUGGGUGCGACCUUGUUUGUGAUUGGCAGUCACGCUGCAUUCCGAGAGCUGGAAAACUCCGAGAUGGAAGAGCUGCUCAUGGAGUCCGUGUGAUAUACGUAACCUUGGUUUCAACGCAUUGCUGUUACACACGUAUGAUCUUAAUCAUCGUUUUACGGUGCAUUCAAGUACAUGAUCAUGAAAUGCCAAAUUUGACUUCUUUUAUACACGGACGCAUCUUAUGUCACCAUAUUGUAUUGUAUUGAUGCACCUCUGAAUGCUACUAAAGUGCAAGUUUUGAACAUAUUGAAUCCUAUAUUGAUUCUGCAGUAAUAAAAUCGCCUUUUUUUUCAUUUGAUUUGAGCUUGUGACAUAAUGCUGCCGGGUGACAUAUUUUGACAUUUCAUGUUUUCAUCGGGUCAUAUUUCAAGUGUAUGUGAUAAAUAAAAUUCUUCCAUACAAGCA